AACUUCACAGAUUGUGAACAUUUAAAGAAAAAUACAAAUAUAAUAAGGUAGUGAGCAGAGGUAGGCGAUGGACAAGGAUGCUCUCGAGGGCCCGCGGGGAAGUUUUGAAAACUUGACGAGGGACGGGACGAUGAAGAGGCAAGAACUGCACGAGGCGAAGCCGGCGGGAAACAUUUUUGCUUCUUAGCGAAAGUCGAAAUGGAGAUGGAAUUCUUUUCAGUGCACUUGAAAAAUAUGUUUGUUUAGUAGAGGACAUUUACCUUUCACACUAUAGUUUCCUAUUAUAUAUAUUUAUAUUAUUAUAUUAGUCUACUAUUAGUUUAUUCUUUGACCUAUUCCUCUCUGUUAAACUGCUAAUACAACAAUCUAUUCAGUUUAUCUAUUUUUUCUGCCUUUUUCUCUUUUGUUUUUACUGUCGUUCUAAUGUUCUUUGGUUUACUUGCGCAUAUGUAUAUCUAGGAUUGGUCAUCGACAAUUUGUUAUUAUUAAUAUCUUAAUGUUUAGUGCACCGGAUUCAAGACAAUUGAUGAAGAAGCGCCGGCGAAAAACUUUGUCAAUACUUGACGAUGGAUGAGGCGGUGACGGGGCAAAAAGCUUAUGCGGCAGAGCCGGGGAAGAAUUUUUGAGAACUUGACGAGGGACGGGACGAUGUCGAAGCAAGAAGAGCACGAAGAGAAGCCCGCGAGGGAGCUAAAAACAGUCCAUCGCCCACCUCGGACAAUGAGUGCAGAUACACUAAUUCACCGUCUUCGUUGACGCCGUCUCUAUGCGUCCGCGAAGUAUCUUUGAUGGUUAUGAACAUGAGAACCGUUACAGUUUAACAGGCAACUCUAGCAAUUUAUAAUGAAUUGCAAGAACAAUAUCCAACAUCACUUGAUUAUGCCUGUUCCACUAUUACAAUCAGCCAACAGUAUUUCAUAUCAUUUUAAACCAAAAUGACUGAUUUUUCUCCAUUUUUCGAUCUUAUUGAAAAAAAAACGAAUGUAGAUAUUCAGUUGAAUUAGACUGUUUUUAUUCUAUUCAUUUCUCGACGCCAUGUGAAGAGCAGUAUUGUAUUCUCCUUUUCACUUUCUUCUCUCCUUUCUCAUUUUAUCUCAUUGUAUACAUCCAUCGUUCUCUCACCGGCUAUUUUCCGCUCAUCACUCUCUCUUUGUCUUCUGUUCGUAUAUUUUUCUCCCUUUUGGUUCAUGGAUGUGUAAGAAAGAGUUACUCAGAUCGUAGUUAAAGAAGUAGGCAGACGUGUGGAUAUAUCCCUUUUAUACACGUAAUUCUCUUUGGAUUAAUAGCCAUACGGCCUCAAAAUACAGUCGGUUUAAGGAAUUUAUCAAAAACCCCGUCAUACACCAUAAUCUAUAUCAUUUUUAUGAAGCGAAGAUAAUCAACUCAUGAACACCGAUAAACGUCUCCCUGAUUGGGAAAAGAGCGAGGCUUUAAAACGACAAAAAAUUGAUAUGGAACGCACUUCAUUUGAACAUCUUGCUAACGAAACUUUAUUAGAAAUAUUUGAUUUUAUUUCGUCAGUCGAUCUUCUGCUCUCAUUUACCAACAUUAAUUCUCGCCUUUUAUCUCUUAUUAAUAAAUACACGACAUGCAUAAAUUUAAGAGAUGUAUCUAUUCGACAACAUAAUGCUGUUUUCUCUAAAUUAAUCGGCGAUUUGAAUAAUAAUGUCGUCGAAACAUUGCAUAUUAAUGGUCAUACACAUAUCUACGACAAACUGUCUCAAUUAACGUUUCUCCGUUCAUUGUCAAUUUAUGAUUUGACUAAAUCACACGAAUCCCUUACUUAUAUUGAACAAUUUGCAAAACAACUAUAUGAGUUGAAAAUUGAGUUUAAUUUGAAUUUUAUGUCGUUUGUCACCCUAACACAUCUGAGCGACUAUGUGACCAAACUGUACUCGUAUAUAUUUUCGGAACAAUGUCAUCUAGGUAUGUAUGAUGAAAGAAGUAGGCAUUCACUUACUGUAAUUUAUUCAUUAGAAAAGUGUUCGUUGACAUGUAAAUCAUUUAUUUCCUGUGCAAGUUUUGACCAAUAUCAUAUAGCAAGCAAAUUAUGUCAGUUAAAAAUAAGUUUGGCCGAUUUCAAUCAGUUUAAUAAUAUGAUAAGUUUAAUACCGAAUGUAACCGAUUUGAGUGUAUCGACCGAUCAUGGUAGGCGUGAUGAAAAAGAGUAUAUAUUAAGAACAAAAUUAAAUUGUUUGACAAAGUUCGAAUUGUUUCGAUAUUCGCCAAAAUACGACAACAGAAAUGAAAUGAAAGAUCUUUAUCUAAUAUUUCCACAUGUAGUUUCUAAUAUUAGACAACUUAAAUUUUCGAUUAAUGUUGGUGAGAAUGACAUGAAAGAUGUAGGCAGCUAUAUGGAAAAGAUACUUUUGAAACCAUUGAAAAAUCUUGAGAAACUGCAAUUUCAUAUUAUGGCUCGUCGUUCGUAA